AUGUUUGCAGUUCCACGUACCUAAAUACUAUUACAAUUUUCCCCUUGUAACUUGCUUCCAUUCUUCCUCCAUGGGUAAAUCUUAUUUGGUUAACAAAUGCAGUAUCAUGCAUUCGACUAUGCUCCUUUUGGGGUUGCUACUGGCUAUCUUGAAACCCACAGGUGCAGAAGUUGGAGUUUGUUACGGAAUGAUGGCAAAAAACUUACCACCAAGCGCAGAAGUUAUAGCCCUCUUUCAACAAAAAAACAUCCAAAGAAUGCGACUCUAUGGUCCAGACGAAGCUGCUCUCCAAGCCCUUGGAGGUACCAACAUCAAGCUGCUGUUAGAUGUUCCGAAUGGUCACCUUGAACGUGUUGCUGGUAGUCAAGGCAACGCAGAUCAAUGGGUCCAAGACAACGUCAAGAAAUACAGCAAUGUUAAUUUUCAAUACAUUGCUGUUGGGAAUGAAGUAAAGCCUUCGGAUUCAUUUGCACAAUUCCUUUUUCCAGCGAUGCAGAACAUUCGCAAUGCAAUUGUUGGAGCAGGUCUAGGGAACCAGAUCAAAGUUUCAACCGCUACGUUUUUUGGUGCUCUUAAAGAUUCUUUCCCUCCAUCAAAUGGCAAUUUUCAUCCUGAAUAUCAACAACUUCUUGCUCCUGUCAUAAACUUCUUGAGGGACAACCAAGCUCCAUUGCUUGUUAACACAUAUACAUACUUUAGCCACAUUGAAAACCCUGGACAAGUUUCUCUUGAUUAUGCUCUCUUUACAUCUCCAUCUAUUGUAGUGACGGAUGGCCCAUUGCAAUACCAGAACCUGUUUGACGCGAUGCUGGAUGCCUUUUACUCUGCCCUAGAGAAGAAUGGUGGAGGAUCUGUGGACAUCGUUGUUUCAGAAAGCGGUUGGCCAUCAGACGGUGGACCAGCAACGAGUGUUGAUAAUGCAAGGACUUAUAACACAAACUUGGUUCGACAUGUGAAUGAAGGGACUCCAAAGAAACAAGGAAAGCCUAUAGAAACUUACUUGUUUGCCAUGUUUGAUGAGAAUGAGAAAGAACCGGAAUAUGAGAAACAUUGGGGGCUGUUUUUCCCAAACAAACAGGAGAAAUACCCAAUUAGUUUCAGUUAGGAAUUGGACAAGGUAUAUUAAGCCAGUAAACCCAUUUCUCUGAGAUAUUAAUUAUUUAGUAAACUCAACUAUACCAUCGUCAUAUCCUCUUAAUAAGGUGUUCCAAAGAAGCCAACACAGAGGCAA